AUGGUUAGCAACCUCGGGCCGACUCCAUCGACAGCUUCGACGAUCUGGCAGCCGCCUUUCCUAAAGCAACACCUCCGUUUCGCACUAGACGACCUCGUCUUUUGCAAAACCGACGAUGAUACGAUCUAUGGUCUCGGCAAAUUCGGCUCCGAUUGGGAAGGACCAUUCCGCAUCGCGAAAGUCGUCAAACCAGGAGUCUAUCAGCUGGAAGACAACCUAGGCAUCACGUCCGAUCGCCUCUGGAGCUCGUCGGAUCUGCGCAAGUUCCACAAAAAAAAAAAACAUGUCCAUGACAUGAACAUUUGUAACGAACUACGAAUGGCUUGA